UUGCUUGUCUCUACAGCCAGGGAACCAGUCGUGAAUCCACCACAACAAACAAUCGACGAGGGUUCCUCGGCCAGAUUCCAGUGUUACGUGCCCGGUGAUCCAAGCGCCCAAAUCAGUUGGCAUCGCCAAGAUGGUGCCCCGUUGGGCGCAGACGUGAGCGAAUCGAACGGAAUGCUAACCAUCACAAAUGCACAAGCCUCAGAUGCUGGUGCUUAUGUGUGUCACGCACAGCAAGCACAUACCACUCAGCCAGCACUCUCAUCACCCGUUUACUUGAAUGUUAAUCCGCAACAGUCUGUUCAUCCGGUUGUCGAUCCACCAUCGCAAAGCGUCGACGAAGGAUCACCAGCACGAUUCAGAUGCUAUGUACCCGGAAAUCCGAGCGCUCAGCUAAGUUGGCGUAAAGAGGACGGAAGUGCGCUUGGCUACGAUGUGACCGACAGUCAAGGAAUGCUAUCAUUCUCGAGGGCGUCACCCUCAGAUGCUGGUGCUUACAUCUGCUCAUUCCAAGACCCACACGGUGGAGCUCCAGUGCAGUCAUCGCCAGCAUACUUAGGAAUCAAUCCACGAAGACCCAGCAAUCCAGUCGUUGAACCUCCAUCACAAACCGUUGAUGAUGGUGAUCAUGCUAAAUUCCGUUGUUUCUUGCCGGGCGUCCCAGAUGCACAAAUCACAUGGCGUAAGAUGGACGGUAGCCAACUGGGACCAGAUGUCUCUGACAAUCGUGGAAUGUUGACAUUCCAACGCGCACAAUCGUCUGAUGCUGGUGCAUACAUCUGCACGGCUCAAGAUUCACGAGGAGGACAUCCAGUCGAUGCACCACCUGCGUAUCUAAACACUUUUGGUAUUUCAGCUGGUACGGCACCAGCGUUGAUGAUCGAUCCAUCAUCACAAACUGUAAACGAGAAUGAACCAGCACAAUUCAAAUGCUGGGUACCUGGUGUGUUGGCUUGUGAACUCACAUGGCAUCACGAGUACAUCGGUGGUCCACUACCUUAUGGCGUCUACCAGAGUGGUGGCAUCCUUAAGAUUCCACGUGCGCAACUGCAUGAUGCUGGCAACUAUAUUUGUACUGCAUCAAAUCAAUAUGGCAUUGGACAGUCGCCUCCGGCACAUUUGACUGUCAACAGACCACCUCAAGCACCACGUGUUGACCCACCAGAAAUAACCGUAAACGACGGUGAUCCAGCACGUUUCCGUUGUUGGGUACCUGGUGAUCCAAGCGCAAAACUUGAAUGGCAUCUCAGGACCGGUGAGCCACUUCCACAGGGCGUACAAGAGAACGAGGGCAUUCUGAACUUCCAGAGUGCACGUCAACAUCACUCGAACGGAUACGUGUGCACAGCAACCGACCCAGACGGUAGGAAUCCUCCGAUGCAAUCGAGCGAAGUGCGACUAAACGUCAGAAAACGUAUGUUUCCGCCAGAUUCUUUACAGGAAGCUUUCAUGCCGUUUGUCACACAGUUACCCAUUUUGCAUCCAUUCACUACAUUUAGUAAAAACCUUGCGAUAGGUUCAAACUUUGCGAUUGAUAAUCAGGCAAAAGCACCAUCGGUUGAGCCCGCAACACUAACCGUUAAUGAAGGUGAUUCGAUUGAAAUCCGAUGUUGGUCGGAUGAGAUCGAAGAUGCUGAACUGCACUGGCGAAGAGCCGACGGCGAUCCGCUUGGCUACGGUAUUAGUGAGGCUAGAGACGGUACGCUAUCGACCGACAAGGUACGCCUGGCAGAUGCUGGCGAGUAUAUAUGCUCUGCGACCGAUCCACAAACCGAACACACCGCCGACUCAGAACCUGUACAGUUGAAUGUUGGCUCGGAAACUAACGAACGACCCGAGAUAGACCCGCCGGAGCUGAUCGUAAACGAAGGUGAUCCGGCACAAUUUCGUUGUUUUGUACACGGUAAUCCGCAUGCUCAACUUCGUUGGAGUCGAGAAGGCGAUGAGCCGUUACCGCACGGUGUAUCAGCGAAUGGUGACGGCCAAUUGUACAUACCGAAUUCACGACACAGCGAUGCUGGCACUUACGUAUGCUCACAAAUCGAUCCCCAUCGAGGACAUCAACCGAUCGAUUCCACUUCUGCCACACUUGUUGUGCAUGCACCACGUCCACGAGUGGAGCAUCCUCCUGCUCAUGGUUUUGAGGCAGCACUUGAAGUGGAUCCGCUUGAACAGACGGUUGCGGUAGGUCAAGCGGCACAAAUCACUUGCACAGUAGACGGCGAAGCAUCGGACCACUUGAAAUGGCAUAAACUUGUUGAACAUCAUCUACCGGAUCAUGCACAACAAUCCAACGGUGUGCUACUCAUCCAUAAUAUUCAACAAGCGGAUGCCGGCGAGUAUGUAUGCACCUAUGUUGAUCCUCACGCUCAUCCCGACACACCACCUGGUCAAGGCGUUACAGCCAGAAUCAAUGUUGAAAUGCCCGUAAUACCCAUAGUCGACCCGCAUGAGCAAACGGUUCCCGAGAAUCACCCGACACGCAUUCGUUGUUGGGUUCCCGGAAAUCCAGCUGCAUCGUUGAGCUGGCGUAAACACGAUGGUACAUUCCCAUCGGAGGUUGAAGAGCGCGACGGUAUGUUGCAUAUACCACGAACGACACCUCAUGAUGCUGGUCAUUACAUUUGCUCAACGCAUGACCCAAGAACGGGGUCAAGUGUUGACUCACUACCAGCACGAGUGAUUGUUGAACAGCGUAUGUGA